AUUAGUUUUUAUCCAUAUUUAAAGUGCAGAAAAUAUUUUUUCAUGAUAUUAGUUAUCAAAUUUUCUUUUUUUUGGUUUGUAAAGGUUUCAUUUGAAAUUUUUAAUUUAAACGUUUUAUUUCGUCUGGUUUCCGGGAACGCUGACAAAGCUUGUGGCUUGGGCGCUUGGGAUUCUUGGGAAGUGGGAACUGGAUUGAAUAAAAAUGGAUUAGUGAUUGUGUUGAAAAUAGUUAAAUAUUGUAAUUUUUAGUCUCAUACAAAUAUUUUUCAAUUAUUUCAAGGGGUUCUUAGCAAUAAUAUAUAUUUAAUUGUAUUUUGUGAACUGAUUCUACAAAGAUGACGAUCGGCAAGAAUAAUAAGAUGCAACAGCAUCUUAACUACAGAGUUCGAAUAAUCUUGCAGGACUCGAGAACGUUUGUAGGAACGUUCAAAGCAUUCGACAAACACAUGAACCUGAUACUUGGUGACUGUGAUGAAUUCCGCAAGAUUAAGCCCAAGACCACGAAGCAGCCGGAAAGAGAAGAGAAAAGAACGCUGGGAUUUGUAUUGCUGCGCGGAGAGAACAUUGUCUCGCUGACAGUGGAAGGACUGCCCCCACCCGAGGAAGGUCUGCCCCGGGUCCCCAUUCCAGGCUCCAUGCCCGGUCCGGGCAUUGCUCGGGCUGCCGGCCGAGGUAUGCCCACCGGCGGAUCCAGUGUGCCUGCAGGCUUACAAGGGCCAGUGAAAGGUGUGGGAGGUCCGUCUCAGCAGGUGAUGACCCCAGGUGGCAGAGGCCAGUUGUCGGCCCCUCCGCAGAUGAGGCCCGGCGGUCCCCCCAGAAUGCCACCGCAACCUAUGAUGCCUCCUCCAGGAGCAAUGAUGGGAAUGCCGCCUGGCAUGCCACCGAACAUGGGCAGAGGCGGGCCACCACCCGGCAUGGGAGGUCCUCCGAUGCGUGGCCCCCCGCCUGGCAUGAUGAGAGGACAUCCACGUCCACCUUACUAAGAAGGUUGUGUGUUCUUCCGUACCAGGCUAAUAUUAAAUGUGAUUCGUACAUUUUUUGUACGCAGUGACUAUUCUUCAACUCUCAAUAGAUGUAACUUGAUUCAAUGUACUGUCAUCCUGGGCUUUAUUAUUUCUAGUUCCAGUUGUUCACUGUAUAAUCAUCCUUCAAUUUUGUUGUAAAUUGUGACUAUUAUUAAUGAAGAAUUCAUUUUGCAAGUUCGAGAUUUAGAUGGAAUUGUGUGUGUAAUGAGUCAUAAUUAUUGAUAUUGUGAAACAAAGUUUGAAGUUGAAUUGAUUAAUAAUAUUCUCUUUUUGGCCCUGAAGUGUUUUUUUAUUCAACUUUAUUGAGUCUAUUAUUAUAAUUAUCUAUAUCGUUACGUCUGAUUAUUCACAGCCUUAAUUUGUAAACCUAUUCAUUUCAUAUUAAAUAUAAAGCAUCAUUGUACA